AUGACCCAUUUCCUCCAUGAAUAUAAGGACAGAUAUAAGCCCCCAAAAACCAGAAUUAUGUCCAACUUCAACAGACAGACGACUUAUAUUAUGGAAUUCAGACAAGCAGCCGGUGACUUCAAGGAUGAUGGAAGCUCCUUCAUGUGCUCCCGGCUCUACAUCGCCACGUUCCAGGGGCGCCCGCAGGAGGUCGCCGGCCUCCUGGCGGGAAGAAGCGGCGACGCACCGCCGGCAGCGCACUCCAAAGGUAUCGCGGUUGUUGAUCACCAUGGGCGACCAUGUACGACCCAGGAGGUCACCGGAGAGGGGAACACGCUCCUGCACAUCGCCGCCGGGCAGGGCCACGGAGGGCUCAUCGCCGAGGUGUGCUACCACGACAGCUCCCUCCUGUCCUCCGUGAACCGGGCGCUGGACACGCCGCUGCACAGCGCCGCGAGGGCCGGCCACGCGGACGCCGCGGAGGCCGUCGUCCGGCUGGCGCGGGCGAACGUGGAGGAGGACGCGCUCCGCGGGAUCCUCCGCGGCAGGAACGACGCCGGGGACACGGCGCUGCACCUGGCCGCGAGGCACGGCCACCGCGAGGCGGUGGAGAGGCUCAUGAAGCUGGCGCCGGAGCUCGCCGCGGAGGUGGACGGCGCCGGCGUGUCGGCUCUGUACCUGGCGGUGAUGAGCGGGUCCGUGGACGCCGUGAGAGCCGUCGCCUCGCGCGGCGACGCGUCGGCCGCCGGACCGAGCUCGCAGAAUGCCUUGCACGCCGCCGUUCUCCAGAGUUCAGAAAUGGUUGACUUGCUCUUGCAGUGGAGGCCAGCACUCGCCAGCAACCUUGACACAAACAAGAGCAGCCCACUGCAUUUCGCCGCAUCCGACGGCGACUGCUCGAUCAUCGAAGCGCUCUUAACACAUUCACCGCCCAGCACCGCAUAUCUGCAGGACAGCGACGGCGUCUCAGCUCUGCAUGCCGCGGCAAGGAUGGGCCAUGUAGCCGCCGUCCGCCUGCUGCUGGAACUAUACCCAUCUUGCGCCGACAUUCGCGAUAACCGGGGCAGAAGCUUUGUACAUGUUGCAGCCAUGAAGGGCCACUCUUCGGUCAUGUCCUAUGUUAUCGAAAACAGGAUGCUGGAACAUCUUCUGAACAUGCAAGACAAGGAAGGGAACACGCCGCUGCAUUUGGCGGUGGCGGCAGGGGAGCACAAGGUCAUCUCCAAGCUGUUAGCGUGUAAGAAGGUGCAUACCCACAUGAUGAACAAUGCUGGCCGGACACCAUCUGAUCUCAUAGAGGAUUCAACUGGUUUCUACUCAAUGAUAAAGCUAGUGGUGAAACUGUAUAUUUCUGGAGCACGGUUCAGGCCAGAGAGGCAAGACCAUAUAGAGAAAUGGAAGGGUCAGGAUAUCAUGAAAUGGCGAGAGACGACAUCGAAAAAUCUUGCGAUUGUCUCCACACUCGUGGCAACAAUCGCCUUCUCUGCAGCAUUCAACGUGCCUGGAUCAUAUGGAUCUGAUGGAAAGGCAAAUCUUGACGGGGAUCGUUUCUACAACGCCUUCUUGGUGUUGGACACCAUUGCCGUGACCACAUCUGUGGUCGCAACAAUACUGCUUAUCUAUGGGAGAGCUUCACAGACAAAUCGCAACUGGAUAGGCUUCAUUGUGUCAAUGCAUUUCCUUUGGGUGGCACUGAAUAGCAUGAUGCUAGCCUUCUUCAUGGCUAUAGCCGCCGUGGUGAGUGACAAGAACCCCAUGAAGAUUGCAUUGUCUCAGCUGAUGUACGGCGGGUUGUACAUCCUGACGACACUGCUUGCAUGCUUUGCAAUGCCCGGAUCAUUUCUAGGUGUUGUGCGGUUUUUGGUUGGCGGUUGUUCUGAACAUCUACGGCGUUCCAAAAGACGCAUAAGUCGACAGUUCCCCUUUGUUGUAUAUUAUGCCUUUAAUGUGAUUGUGUUCAUCAUUGUAAAUACAAUAGUGCUUGUAUUAAUUAGUGCCGCUGGCCGUCUCCCUAGGUAG